AUGGAGUUCUCUAAGCAGUUAAUUUUGGCUGUAAAGAAGAACGAGUUGCAUAACGGAUACGGUUUACAGAAAGAAUGUGAAGCACUAGUGAGCCACGUUUUGAGUAACAUGAUAAAGUCAAAAUUACCUACCUUGGCUCCUGAAGUCAAAAACGAUAAUGAUGCUACUACAUAUAAAGAAGAAGGCAAUCAGUGUUUUGUCAUGGGCGAUGACGAUGACGCGAUCGAGAAAUAUACGAUGAGCCUAGCCUUUUCUCCAAGCAAAGAAUCUAUGGCACAUGCAUUCGCGAAUCGCUCGGCUGCUCUUUAUCGUAUGCAACUGUAUCGUGAAUGCCUCAUCGACAUCGAUGCAGCUUUAUCACAUGGAUACCCUGAAGAAAAAUGUCAAAAAUUGAAAGAACGAGCAGAUAAAGCUAUCGAUUGCCUUAAGCAACAAUUUGAAAUCAAAGAUGUAAAUAUGAAUAACUUACCUACGCAAAAUGUUUUAACUGGCCCAUCUCCGGCUAAUGACAAUAACGAUGACUCUAAAAAAGAAAACGAGUUAUCUAUAGUUAAAGAAUUAGUUAAAGAUAAACCUGAAACAGAAGGACAAAAUGAAGAUUUGACAAAAUCCGAAAUUAUCGAGCUAAUAUCUAAGAAGCCAGAAAACGUUCCAAGGUAUGUGUUAGACGAAGGUGAGUUGGGCUUUCCGUAUGGACCAAACGAAGAAGCUCCAUCUCUCAGCAAAGGAGUACAGAUUUCGUAUUCUAAAAAAUAUGGAAGACAUUUAAUUGCCACGGAACCCUUUAAACCUGGCGAUAUUGUUGCUAUGGAGUAUCCUUAUGCUUACGUUAAUUAUAGAGAAAAAUAUUAUACACACUGUCACCACUGUUUAUCACGCAGUUACAAUCUGAUUCCAUGCUCGAAAUGUCCCAUUGCAUUAUAUUGUUCGGAAGAAUGUCGAACGACAGCUUGGAAAAUGGUACAUCGACUUGAAUGUCCCGUGCAUGCGGUGCUUGCGAAAUUACUUAAUGUUGACAAAGAUAAAAUAAGAAUACUUACUAAGAUAAUAAGACUUCUGUUGGUGGCCACCAAAAACGGAACUGCUAUGGAGGAGCUACGAAAGGAUUGUGAAAAAGCAGAAAAGAACACAGAUAACAGAACUGCCGGGUUUAAUGAUGAGCAAGUCUUCGACAGUAAUAGCGCGAGAUCAGCGUUGAGUUUGGCUACGAAUUUGGUUACUAGGCCUCCUAUGGAAAUAAGCGCAUUUGCAUGCGUAGUAUCACUGUCCAUAAUACUCUUGGCAACAGAAAGCAACUUUUUUGGAAAGAAAUUCCGACCAGGUCAGCUAAAGAACAUCAUUGAUCGAGAAGAUGUGAAGUUCUGUGGUGCCAUUAUCUUCCGCAACUGCGUCAUUAUAUCAUCCAAUUCAUUUUCCGUUCAACUUGAGUCAGGUGUGAAAGUCGGAUCCGGUCUGUAUUGCGUUGGAAGCCUAAUGAAUCACUCUUGUGCUCCUAACACUUUUCGCUACUUCGAGGGAUUGAAGAUGAUCACUCGUGCGCUCGAGCCCAUCAAAGUUGGUGACCAGAUAUUCACUUGUUAUGGUGGUGGCUAUCAUUACAUGCCUCGAGAAGAGAGGAAGAAGAAGAUGACCAGCGAGUAUUUCUUCGAGUGCGACUGCAUAGCUUGCUGCGAGAACUGGCCGACCUACAACGAAAUUCUACGCAAUCACAUAGGUUCCAUUUCCAAGAAUAACAAAGAACUUGUUGAAAAACUCAAACCGUACAGGCAACGUUUACUGGUUAACAAAUACGACAUCGAUGCUGUCAAGGCUGUUCUUAAUAUCCUCUAUGCUGAAGUAAAAAUGCCUUGCGAAGAAAUUGUCCAUGCAGUUCAGUAUCUGAAAUGUUACUAUCUAGGUAAAUUUCAACAUAAAACGUAUAUUAGCAAAGUUUAAUAGGCUUGGUUAUACAUGCUUUGUUU